AUGAAGAUAGCAAUUCUCUUAUUUGCUUGCGUUGCACUGGCCAGCGGUGCACAGAAGUGCACCAAUCAAGGUGGAAUCCUCAAGUACAACGGUAAGCCAUGCGCCAGCACCACACGUUACGACGAUGGACAUAAAGGAGCUUGUGGUUGUGGCGCUGCAAACUCUGAUGCACCGUUUGCCUGGAACUUGCAAGAUUUGGUGACAGCCCCCAACCAGAUGAUCUACGACGAUGGAGGACAGAAUACUUGGUGUGGACGUAACUGCGGCAAAUGUGUCCAGCUGACUCCAACAGGUGGAUUUAUUCCUGGCCUCGGCAAUUCCCCUCGCGAUAACAACCCUCAUAUUUUCAUGAUCACCAAUGACUGCCCAGUUCAAGGGAACGAAGAAUGGUGCGGACAAGCUGGCAAACCUGGAACAAAUCAUGGUAACACACACGGCUACGAGGCUCACUUCGACCUACAGAACAACAAGGGUCAGGUGGGCAACGGACUUGGCUGGGAUAACCCCGAGGUCACCUGGCAGUAUGUGGACUGUCCUCAGGACUUCAAAAACAAAUUCAACCAAUGUCAGUGUCAUUGA